AUGGCUGAUGAUAUUGCCUUUAAGGUUUCUAAUCUUCGUAUUACUGUUGAGGAAGAUCGAACGAUUGUUUUUGAGGGUGACGAUCUUGAUGAAAAUAAGCACGACCUUGCCGCAUCAUUGGUGGUUAAGAUCUUGACUGUUCGUUCAUACAAUUUUAAGGCGCUAAAAAGAACCCUAAAUCAAAUAUGGGCAAUUUCAAAAGGUGCGAUUUUUCGUAAAAUUGAGAAUGAUCUAUUUGUGGUACACUUUGCGUGUAAACGAGAUCGAGACAAAGUUUUGGUUGGAAGGCCUUGGACAUUCGACCAGAGCCUGGUUAUGCUCCAAGAAAUUGACGAAGACAUUCAACCUUCAAAUAUUGCGAUGAAGAGUUGCCCCUUCAGGGUUCACCUUUACAACUUACCAAUGCGAAACCGAUCCGAGAACCAUAUUCGCAUGAUAGGAGGAUGUAUAACGGAAGUUCUUAACUUGGACUUUGAUGGUAUUAUGUGGGAUAAAUCGGCUCACUUAAAAAUACUAGUAGAUGUCACUCAAUCCCUUAGGAGAGCGCAAUGCAUAACUAUGAAGAAUGGCACCACAACUUUGGUUGAAAUAAAGUACGAACGUCUGCCGACAUUUUACUUUACUUGUGGAGUUAUAGGCCACAUUGAACGAGAUUGCUUGAAGUCUACAGAUGAUGGAAGAGAGGAAGAGAAACAAUGGGGUGCAUGGCUUCGAGCUUCGCCACGUAAAAGGAGACAAAGGCUAGAAGAGGAAACAAAGUAA